UGCAAAACAAAUAAAAGGAAUAACCAUUUUUCUUUUUCUCCUGUUCUUCGUUUUGCUGUGUGAUUCGUACAAGCAUCAUAGUGUCAAAAAAGCUUUAGCUGCAAUCCAUCAUAUUUAACACUGCGUUGCUGUCAUCUCGUUGUUGUUGUUACUACAAUUUCACUAACAUUGUUUACAUCCUGGCAAGUGUACUAAUUAAAAGCUCAAAAGCUUUUAGAACACCACCUGUUUAAAUUGGUUGCUGUAUUUGCUAUAAGCAACAUCAAUUUGCUGCAUCGAUUACUAAGCGGUUGUUGUAUUUGCUAAAAAUUAUAAUCUAAAUCACAAUAAUGAAUUGUUCUAUGAUCAAUUGUAAACAAUUAGUUUCCGAUGAACCAAUGGUAUCCUGUUGGCUAUGUCUGGAUUCUUAUCAUGUGAGGUGUAUCCAACUAUCACCACGAACCGCUGAUAAUUUAAGGGAAAAUAAGGGUCUACGCUGGUGCUGCACCAAAUGUAGGGUAUUAGAUGCCGAAUUUUACAAAUUUUUCAAGAAAACUCGUACCGAAUUACAGGAUAUAGGCACUGAAUUCCGCUCAUUGGCUGAUAGAUUUGAAAAAUACAAGGAAAUGUUAGAUCAAACAACCUACUUAGAUCAGUUCCUGCAGUCUCCGCCUGAUUCUCUACGAAAACGAAAGAAACCGACUGAAGUUACAUUAGAUAAGCCAAUGAAUGAAAUUAUUACGCAGAAAAUUCCGCUGAUUACUAUCCAAGAAACACCAUCAAAAACUGCUUCGUCAUCAAUUUGUAAUCAGAAUCGUGCAAUAGUAACUGAUUUAACACCGUCCAAAAACCCUUCUACAUCAAAAUCUGCACCACUUUCAAUACCUACGUCCGAACUAACUCCGUCUGUGUCAAAAAAGUUUUUCUCCCUCAAAUCACGCCAACCAAGUCCGCCCAAUCUAAGAGUAGUUUUGCCUAAACGUACAGUAUUUGCUGCAAGGUUUGCUGCUUCAACGUCUGAGGAUGAUGUCUUAUCAUUUAUAAAGAGCAAAAUAAAUAUCGAUGAUGAAAUAAAAGUUUUUAAAUUCAAAUAUGCGGAAAAACGAAGUAAAGCUUCGUUUAAAAUUCUUGUUCCUGAGGAUAUUUUUGAAAUAAUAGUUAACCCAUCUUUUUGGCCUGCAAAAGCCGUUAUACACGAAUAUAUUUAUAAAGAAGUUCCUAAAUCAGAUAUUGUAUAUUUACCAACAUCUCAAUCAAAAAACUAAAUAUUGUACCUACUGUUGAUAAUUUUAAUCUAGUUUAUCAGAAUGUUAGAGGUUUGAACACUAAAUUAUCUUCCUUAUUUAUAAACAGUUAUAUUCUGAAUUAUCAAGUCAUCGCGUUUACCGAAACUUGGCUUUCAAGCAAUAUCUACGACGCAGAAAUUUUAUGUUCCAAAUUUCAGAUUUUUAGA